AUGCUGUCAGAUUCAGAAGACUCAUCAUUAGACCCAAACGAAUAUACGUUAGAAGAUUAUUAUAAAUUGGUGAAACCCUUAUGGGCAUCUAAAAACAUUAAUAAUGCCAACUAUCUUAAUGAUCAUAAGUUAUUAAGAACAUUAGUUGAUUUCAGUCUAUCUCAUUCAUUAUUACUUAAGAAUUUACAAAAGCGAGAAUUAGAAAUUGGAGAUUUAAUACCUUAUAAGAUUAAUUAUGUUGAUAGUUUAGCAGUUAAGAUUGGACAAGAAGAAUAUACUGGAUGUUUUAGACAUCAAUAUGUUGAAUUCUGUCCUCAUUUGGCAAUAGCUGCUUAUUUAUUUAGUAGAUUCCACAUACCUGAUGAAUAUGGAUCAUUUGAAUUUAUAUUUAAUUGUGAAUCUAAAAAGAUUAAUUUACAAGAUGUUAAAUUAUUAAAAGGUAAUAAUAAAUUAUCAGCUAUAAGUUAUAGUCAACAACAUAAAUCUUCAAUAAGUGCUUUAAAUAUAAGUGGAUUGAAUUAUAAAGAUGUUAAUUUAACUAAGUUAUUAUCAACACAAAAUUUUGAUUUAUCAAAUGAAAAGUUAUCACUGAAGAAGAUUGAUAAUUUAAAUCAUGGAUUAAUGUUACAAUUAUCAGGAUUUGAUUCUUUUCAAAAUUAUAAUAUAAUUAGAAAUUCUGUGGAACCUCCUCAAGAAUUAUUGGAUAUGAUAUUCCCAUUUGUAAACCAGAUUGAUGCUAAUACUUAUGGUGAAGAUAUGUUACGAGUUAAAGAAUUAUUAAUAAUGUUGAGAAGAAGUCUAUGUCAAGAUAUGAUUAUAAUCAAAACCAAAUAUCCUACGAAUCCUUUAUCAAGAUCAGAUAUCUUUAAUUCACCUCAAUUUGAACAAUUUAAGAAACUGGUUGAAGAAUCUUCAAGUACAUUUUCAGAAAUAAUGCAAACUUCAUGCUUUGCUCCUGAUGAUGAAGAUGAAGAUAUGGAUCAAGAUCAAGGUGAAGAUUGGCCAAUGUUGACUGAUCCAGAUUCAAAAGUUGAUUUACAACGAGUAUUGGAAUUCCAUUCAUUGAAAUUAAAAUCUUUAAAUCAACAAAUUAAUAAUUAUUGUCAAGAACAAUCUAAUAUGUAUAAUUUAUUAUCAAACUUCAUUGAAACUCAAAAUGAUGUAUUCCAAAAACAAAGUGAAUAUAUGAAUAAGAUUCAAAAUUCAAUAAAUGGAUUAUUCAUAUUAUUAAGUAGUCGAAAUAAGAAUUCAAUCCCCUUACUUCAACAAUCAUUAGCCGAGACUUCAAAUUAUAUAAAUAAUUUCGAAUCGGCAAAUAUAAAACUAGGAUUAAACACAACCAUAGACCUUCUUUCAAAAUUAAACUCCCAACAAUAUCAACAACAACAACCACUCCAACAUCAUCACCAACCACUAGCUCCACAACCACAACCACAACUCCAACCAUCAUCUGUCCAAUAUCCUCUACAAGCCUCACCCCAACAAAUAUCAAUCACCAACAAUCACCAAAUCUACAACGUCCUCCCCCAUUCCAAAUCCCCCAAAACAAACUCAACAACCCUGUUAUCACCCACCCCCGUCAACCCUGGAAUAUUCGGAACAGCAAUCCAACCCCAACAAUCAGUACCACAUCCCCACCUUGGUCCUCCGGUACCAUUAUCCCCUCGGCAACUCGAACGCCAACGAGUCCUUAAUCGUCGCUUAUCAAGACAAGCCACAACCCUAUAUGAAAUGUGGGAUGAUUUUAAAGGCUUAGAAAAAGAAUUAAAUGAUCAUGAAAUUACCAUAACUGAAUGGUUGAAAGUUCAUGGCAGUUCCGAACGACAAUUUAGACAUACUAGAUUAAAGAUUAUUAAAUUUAUUGAAGAAGAGGCUGUAAGGAGAGGAUGUCAUGUUGAGAUUGUCAAAGAGAAGUUGCAUGAGAAGAUGAGAAAUAGAUUAAGGCCUUGGACUUUGGAUGAGGUGCAGAGGAUGUUGACUAGUGGGAAGAGAAUCAAUCUUGAUGAUCCAAGAUAA